GCGCGGGGCGGGGCCAGAAGAGCGGGUUAAGCGGCCGGAGGAGGUGGCGGCGGCUGGGAGAGGCGACGGAUCUGGCCGAUUUUAACAUCGAAACUAGGAGAAAUAGGAAUGGCUGUAGAGGAACUUCAGUCUAUAAUAAAGAGAUGUCAAAUCCUAGAAGAGCAAGACUUUAAAGAAGAGGAUUUUGGCCUAUUUCAGUUAGCUGGGCAAAGAUGCAUAGAAGAAGGGUACACAGACCAGCUAUUAGAAAUUAUUCAAAAUGAAAAUAAUAAGGUCAUCAUCAAGAAUAUGGGCUGGAAUCUCGUUGGUCCUGUUGUUCGAUGCCUUUUGUGUAAAGAUAAAGAGGAUAAUAAAAGAAAAGUUUAUUUUUUGAUCUUUGAUUUAUUGGUAAAGUUAUGCAAUCCAAAGGAAUUAUUGUUGGGUUUGCUUGAACUAAUUGAAGAGCCCUCUGGAAAACAGAUAUCCCAAAGUAUUCUUCUUUUGCUUCAGCCAUUACAAACAGUGAUUCAGAAACUUCAUAACAAGGCAUAUUCAAUUGGAUUAGCAUUGUCUACCCUUUGGAAUCAGCUAUCUCUUCUUCCUGUUCCGUACUCAAAAGAACAAAUACAAAUGGAUGACUAUGGCCUUUGUCAGUGUUGCAAGGCCUUAAUAGAGUUCACUAAGCCUUUUGUGGAAGAAGUCAUUGAUAACAAAGAAAACUCACUGGAAAAUGAAAAGUUAAAGGAUGAAUUACUGAAAUUUUGUUUCAAAAGCUUGAAAUACCCUUUGCUGACAGCACAAUUCCUUGAACAGUCUGAAGAAGGUGGAAAUGAUCCUUUCAGGUAUUUUGCAUCAGAAAUAAUAGGUUUUUUAUCAGCAAUUGGACACCCUUUCCCCAAAAUGAUUUUUAAUCAUGGAAGGAAAAAGAGAACUUGGAAUUACCUUGAAUUUGAAGAAGAAGAAGAUAAACAAUUAGCAGACUCAAUGGCUUCUCUGGCAUAUCUAGUAUUUGUACAGGGCAUCCGUAUUGAUCAGCUUCCAAUGGUCUUAAGCCCAUUGUACCUUUUGCAGUUUAAUAUGGGGCACAUUGAAGUCUUUUUGCAAAGAACAGAAGAGUCUGUUAUCUCCAAAGGAUUGGAGCUGCUGGAGAAUAGUUUAUUGAGAAUAGAAGACAAUAGUCUACUUUACCAGUACUUAGAAAUCAAGAGUUUUCUUACUGUACCUCAGGGCUUAGUGAAAGUAAUGACACUUUGCCCCAUUGAGACACUGAGGAAAAAGAGUUUAGCUAUGCUUCAGCUGUAUAUUAACAAGCUGGAUUCACAAGGCAAAUAUACAUUAUUUAGGUGCUUAUUGAAUACAAGUAAUCACUCAGGUGUGGAGGCUUUUAUUAUUCAAAAUAUCAAAAAUCAAAUUGAUAUGUCAUUAAAGAGAACACGUAACAACAAAUGGUUUACAGGACCACAGUUGAUUUCCCUUCUUGAUUUGGUACUUUUUCUCCCAGAGGGUGCGGAAACAGAUUUACUGCAAAACUCAGAUAGGAUUAUGGCUUCGUUAAAUUUAUUGAGGUAUUUGGUUAUCAAAGAUAAUGAAAAUGACAAUCAAACUGGAUUAUGGACAGAACUUGGAAAUAUUGAGAAUAAUUUCUUAAAGCCACUUCAUAUGGGACUUAAUAUGUCAAAAGCACAUUAUGAAGCAGAAAUUAAAAAUAGCCAAGAGGCCCAGAAAUCUAAAGAUCUUUGUUCUAUAACUGUAGGUGGAGAAGAAAUCCCCAAUAUGCCUCCUGAAAUGCAGCUUAAGGUCCUACAUUCAGCUCUUUUCACAUUUGAUUUGAUUGAAAGUGUUCUAGCUCGAGUGGAAGAACUCAUUGAAAUAAAAACAAAGUCUACCUCUGAAGAAAAUAUUGGGAUAAAGUGAAAGUUCCACUUCCUAAAUAAAAACUAAUAAAAUAUAGUAUUUUCCAUUAUGAUUUAUUUAAUACCUUUAUAAAAAUUUUUCUGUAAAAAUUUACUGCUUAAAAAUAAAUGUAGCUUUUCUCAUUUAUCAA